UAUUGUUUCUAUUGGUUCCUUCUGGCAGCUGAUGCCAGCAUCUGAAUCUACAUAUUUCCCUGCCACUGCUUUGUUGUCACUUGUCAGACACAGAGGAGCCCUGGCAGAGUGUUUCUGUGCUGGCUGUGCAGUGUCAGGAGGGGACAGCAGGUCCGUCUGGCAAUGAAGGGACAUCUCUCCACUCAGCUGCUUUGGCUUCUCCUCUUUCUUCAGGACACCAUGGGUCGCAUUGACGUCCAGCUGGUUGGAGGGGACACUGCCUGCUCAGGACGUGUUGAAGUAAAACAUGGAAAUACAUGGGAGACAGUCUGUGAUUCACACUUGGGUUUCAACGCGGCCUCUAUUAUCUGCAAUGAAUUACAGUGUGGACAGGCUGUAGCCACCUUGGGAACAGCUCACUUUGAAGAAGGACAUGAUCUGAUCUGGAAGGAAGAGUUCCAGUGUGUGGGGAAUGAGUCUGUCCUUGAGAAAUGUCCCAGGAUGUCCCGUCCCAACCACACAUGCUCUCACGCUAAUGAUAUUGGCAUAUUCUGCUCAGGGUACGGCGGGUACAGGCUGGCAAAUGGCAGCACAGGGUGUUUGGGGAGAGUGGAGCUUCUCCACGGAGGCGCCUGGGGAACCCUCUGUGACUCCCAGUGGGAUUUACAGGCUGCCCACGCCCUCUGCCAGCAGCUUGACUGUGGAUUCGCCCUGUCGAUGCCAGCAGGGCAGCUCUUUGGCACAGGAGAGGGGCCUGUCUGGAACGGCACGUUUGGCUGUGAGAGGAACGAAUCCCGCCUGAGAGACUGUCCUGUUACUGCGCUGGGUACAACUGAGUGUCCCCCUGGGAGCGAAGCCAGCGUGGUGUGUUCAGGUGCUGAUGAGCUGAGGCUGGUCAAUGGAAGCAGCCCCUGUGCCGGGAGAGUGGAGGUUAAACACCAGGAUCAGUGGGGGACGGUGUGUGAUGAUAACUGGGACAUGGCAGCUGCUGGGGUUGUCUGUAAGCAGUUGGGAUGUGGAGUUGCUCUCAGUGCCCAUAUUUAUGCUCAUUUUGGAGAAGGAUCUGGACAGAUAUGGCUGGAUAACACUGUCUGUCGUGGUACCGAGUCUGCUGUCUGGGAAUGUGAACACAACAGUUGGGGUGAGCAUGACUGCAGGCAUGUAGAGGACGCUGGAGUGACCUGUUCAGGACGCCUUGAGCCCCAGCUGAUUGGAGGGAAUACUGCCUGCUCAGGACGUGUUGAAAUAAGACACGGAGACACAUGGACCACAGUCUGUGAUUCACACUUGGACCUUCAAGCCGCCAGUGUUAUCUGUAAUGAAUUAGACUGUGGAACAGUUGUAUCCACCCCAGGAGGAUCACACUUCAGUGAAGGAUAUGGGUCAAUCUGGUCUGAGAAAAUCCAUUGCUUGGGGAAUGAAUCACAGCUUGUGUACUGUCCCAGAACAUUGCAUCCUAAUGAGACAUGUUCACACUCAAGUGAUGCCAGCAUUGUAUGCUCUGGGUACGGUGGGUACAGGCUGACAAACGGCAGCACAGCGUGUUCGGGGAGAGUGGAGCUUCUCCACGGAGGCGCCUGGGGAACCCUCUGUGACUCCCAGUGGGAUUUACAGGCUGCCCACGCCCUCUGCCAGCAGCUUGACUGUGGAUUUGCCCUGUCGAUGCCAGCAGGGCAGCUCUUUGGCACAGGAGAGGGGCCUGUCUGGAACGGCACAUUUGGCUGUGAGAGGAAUGAAUCCCGCCUGAGGGACUGUCCUGUUACUGCGCUGGGCACAGCUGAGUGUCCCCCUGGGAGCGAAGCCAAUGUGGUGUGUUCAGGGUGCCCGGGUGGCAGGUUAGUGAACGGCACCGAGUGCUCCGGGAGAGUGGAGAUCCGACAUGGAGACACAUGGGGAAGCCUCUGUGCCUCCCACUGGGAUUUGCAAGAUGCCAACGUCCUCUGCCAUCAGCUGAAUUGUGGAUACGCCGAGUCGAUCCUGGGAGGAGCCCAUUUCGGGGAAGGGAACGGAACCGUAUGGAGCGACAUUUUUCAUUGUGAAGGGACUGAACCCUGUCUGUGGGAUUGUUCUCGCAUGGCCCUGGGCAACCCAGCCUGCUCCCCCAGAGACACAGCCAGGGUUACUUGUUCAGGUCGUUCUGAGUCGCUCAGGCUGUUGAAUGGAGAGAGCCGGUGUGAUGGCAGAGUUGAGAUUUCCUUCCAUGGUGUGUGGGGCAGAGUGUUGGAUGACCAGUGGGACAUGGACGAUGCCAGCGUGGUGUGCAGACAGCUCCAGUGCGGAGUCGCUGAGAAAGCUUAUAACCCCGCUAAGUCUCAGCGAGGAAGGGGCCCCGUGGGGCUGAGAAGGGUGCAGUGUGCAGGAAAUGAGACUCGUCUGACUCUCUGUGACAUCUCCACGUCUGAGACAGCCCAGGCAGGAAUUGCUGAGGAUGUUGGUGUCGUUUGCUCAGGAAGCAGGCGGAUCAGACUGGUGAAUGGGGCAGGUCGCUGUGCUGGGAGAGUGGAGAUUUAUUACAGUGGCAGCUGGGGGACGGUCUGUGAUGAUGCCUGGGAUCUGUCAGACUCCAAUGUCAUUUGCAAACAACUGGGAUGUGGACAUGCCAUCAAUGCAACUGUCUCUGCUCAUUAUGGGGAAGGAUCCGGGCAGAUCUGGCUGGAUGAUGUGAACUGCUCUGGGAAUGAAUCCGAUCUCUGGGCAUGUCCUUCCAGAGGCUGGGGCCAGCACAACUGCAGACACAAAGAGGAUGCGGGAAUUCUCUGUUCAGAAUUCACGGAUUUGAGGCUGGUGAGCGACAGUGACUGUGCUGGGCGACUGGAGGUUUUCUACAAUGGGACGUGGGGCAGUGUUUGCUCCAAUCAGAUGUCUGGAGUCACCCCAGCAAUUGUCUGCAAACAGCUGAACUGUGGGGAUGGAGGGCAGCUUGCAAGAGACUUGGCAUAUGGAGCAGGUUCUGGUCCCACGUGGCUGGACCAUGUUUCAUGCAGUGAGCAGCACAGGUCCCUUUGGCAGUGCCCGUCAGGCCUGUGGAAACAGCAAUCCUGUGAUAACCGAGCAGAAGAGACCCAUAUUUCUUGCAGUGGAAUAAAAGAAAAAACACCUCAGACCCUGUUUAGCGAAUGCCCGAACUCUACAAGCUGUACAGAUCAGGAGAAGUUACGUGUCGUGGGAGGAGAGGACAGAUGCUCAGGGAGAGUGGAGGUUUGGUACCGUGGCUCCUGGGGAACAGUUUGUGAUGACUCCUGGGACAUGGCAGAUGCUAAAGUUGUGUGUGAACAACUGGGCUGUGGAUCUGCUGUAUCUGCCCUGGGCGAGGCUGCAUUCGGUGAGGGGACUGGUCCCAUCUGGGUGGAGAAGUUGAAUUGCAGAGGGACAGAGUCAUCUCUCUGGGACUGUCCUGCCAAGCCCUGGGGUGAGAGUAACUGUGAUCAUAAGGAAGAUGCUGCUGUUAAUUGUUCAGGUGUGACAGAGACGACAGAUUCACUGACUAGAACAGCUCCCCCGCGCCGCCCUCCGACCGACAGUGGGAGAGUCACGGUGCCCGUGGUCAUCUGCAUUAUCCUGGGGGCCCUGCUCUGCCUGGUCUUAAUCAUCCUGGGGGCGCAGGUGCGAAGUGCCAGGGCAGAGCGCAGAGACUCCAGAAGAUCCCUGGACCCUUUCUCUGAGGCCGUGUAUGAAGAGAUUGAUUAUAACCUGAUGAGAAAGAAGCAGAUAUUCGGUCGCUCAGUCUCCUUUUCAGAUGAUUCAGUGGCGAAGCUGCGGUAUUACACCGGGGAUAGUGAGGGGGAAAAAGAUUCUGCAUCAGAAGAAGAGGGAGCUUUCCCUGGUGGUUCUCAGCUGGAUUACGAUAAUGUGGAGGAACCUGCAUUAAGCGACAUUCCCCGGACUCCAGACGGUCAAGAGGUCCCUGCCCUGCCUGGAAGUGCCCCAUGGGACGGUUAUGAUGAAGCCAGAGAAGUUUCUAACACUGAAGAUGACCCUGCUUCUGGACCGAGUGCCCAGGAAGUCACUGGGGCCCAUGAGGACAGUGACAGGAACAGAGAUGAUCAGACUGGCUGGAGUCUGCACUCGCUAAGAAGUGAAGGGGCCUCUGGGGCUGAGAGGGGCACCCUGUCCCCACCUCCUCAUGACCUGGGUUAUGAUGACGUUGAUAUUGGCACCUCUGGGACAUCAAUAUAAGAAUGGCUGAGUUCAGAUCAAAUAUCCUGUGAGGAUGUAAAUGCUGUAUGAUUAGACUCUUUCUGUCCCAAAUGUUCAUUCACCCAUGGGGGGUAUCAGAGAAAAUCCCUGCCUGGGAACUACUUCAAUCAGCUUUUUUUAUUGCAGUUGGUUUAGAUGCAAGACAUGUAAGUGUGACUGAGACAGGGGCUGUGAUUUCCCCUGUAACUUCCCAUUGAUCAGUCAGUCUGGAACUUCCCUGCUUUUUUGUUCCUAACAUUUCUUCAUUGUGAAUUUUUGCUUUUUCUUAUUAAACCCUUUUUGAAGAUCUG